CCAGAGCCCGCAGUCUCUUUGGAAACUUCUGCCGGGGGUUUUUAAAAGAGCUAGGAAAGAGCUGCAAAGCUGUUUGGGCUUUUUUCCCCCCUUUUUUUGUUCCUUUUCGUUAUCCCCCUCCUCGGUCUGCACCCUUCUCCGGACUCCACCGCAGAACCUGCGGGUUUCGAAGAGGUGGUAACAGAGCAGGUGUUGGGGUCCAGGUUUGGUGAGGUCUGGGUUUUUGCCUUUUUUCCCCCCUUCCCUUGAUUUCAACAUUUUCCCGUUCUUGUUGGCAGCCGCCGACGCCUCUUACCUGUUCUGCGGCAGCGGCGCAGCUGGCCGCUGAGACUGAGCGGAGUGGGGGUGCGUUUUAGAUUUUAAGCAAAAGGGGAAAAAAUUAAUCCAAAUCCAUUUUUUUCUUCACCUCCUCCCUUUUCAAGGCCUCCAAGCUAAUUAUUUCUGUUGCUUUGGAGUGAGCAAUUCUGUGGUUCUCUCCACUACCACCCCUAAUUCUGACCGGACCCCGCCUGGGGGGUUUCUUCGGUCUCCGUUCACUCUGCGUGCACCUGGCGCGCCUCUUUUUUUCACCCCCAACCUGUUGCAAGUCUUUAAUCCUUGCAAUUGGGACUUGCGUGCAGGCACCUGAAUCCUCCUUGCCUCAUAUUUUGCAAGUGUUUGGGGGAGAGCACCUGCUCUACCUGCAAGAGAUUUAAAAGAAAAAAAAAAAAUCUCCAGACUCCCUCUUUCUCCACACACUCUCGCUCUCCUGCCCCGCCCCGAGGUAAAGCCAGACUCCGAGAAAAUGGUGAUCAGCGUGGUCCUCCUGCUGCUGGCCGCCUAUGCCGUACCGGCUCAAGGCCUGGGCUCUUUCGUGCACUGUGAACCCUGCGACGAGAAAGCUCUGUCCAUGUGUCCCCCCAGCCCUCUGGGCUGUGAGCUGGUCAAAGAGCCCGGCUGUGGCUGCUGCAUGACUUGCGCCCUGGCGGAGGGACAGUCGUGUGGCGUCUACACGGAGCGCUGCGCCCAGGGUUUGCGCUGCCUCCCCCGGCAGGAUGAAGAGAAGCCGCUGCACGCCCUGCUGCACGGCCGCGGGGUUUGCCUCAACGAAAAGAGCUACGGCGAGCAAACCAAGAUAGAGAGAGACUCUCGGGAGCAUGAGGAACCAACCACCUCCGAGAUGGCUGAAGAGACCUACUCCCCCAAGGUCUUCCGGCCCAAGCACACUCGCAUUUCCGAGCUGAAGGCUGAGGCUGUGAAGAAGGACCGCAGAAAGAAGCUGACCCAGUCCAAGUUUGUGGGGGGCUCGGAGAACACUGCCCACCCCAGAGUCAUCCCUGCGCCUGAGAUGAGACAGGAAUCUGAACAAGGCCCCUGCCGCAGACACAUGGAAGCUUCCCUCCAGGAGUUCAAAGCCAGCCCACGCAUGGUGCCCCGUGCCGUGUACCUGCCCAACUGUGACCGCAAAGGAUUCUACAAGAGAAAGCAGUGUAAGCCUUCUCGUGGCCGCAAACGUGGCAUCUGCUGGUGUGUGGACAAGUACGGGAUGAAGCUGCCGGGCAUGGAGUACGUCGAUGGGGACUUUCAGUGCCACGCCUUCGACAGCAGUAACGUUGAGUGACGCGUCCCCUCCCUUCCUCCCCCUUUCCUACCCCCCCAGCCCCAACUCCAGCCAGCGCCUCCCUCCACCCCAGGACGUCACUCAUUUCAUCUCAUUUAGGGGAAAUAUAUAUACAUAUAUAUUUGAGGAAACUGAGGACCUCGGAAUCUCUAGCAAGGGCUAAGGAGACACUCCCCACCAUGACCCCGGAAAUGUAUUCCUUUUUGAAGCAAGUUGAACGGACAGAGAAGGGAAGGAGAGAAGGAGCAAGAGGGAGCGAGAGAUGGAAAGAAAGCAUUGGAAUAGAGGAAAAGAAGGAAGGACAGAUAAGGUUAGAGAGAGAAGAGAGAAACAGCAAGGCAGAAAGAGCCCCACAACCAGGGCUGGAUCUGCCUGUUUGCUUUCAGCUCUAGCCUGGGGUCAGAGAAAGGUUGGGGCACUCAAAAGUGUGGCAUUCAGUGACACCCAGUUUAGAUUGGUCAAGGGGAGAAAAGAAACAAGGCGUGUCAGUGCCUCUCGGGUCUGUCGCCCCCUGCAGCCAGCAGUGUGGAUGGCUAGACCCCCUCACCCUCCUCCCCUCUUACCCAAGUGCAGGGUGGUUUCGUCCCCAAAUUUACAAAGACUAAAAUGCAUUCCAUCCCUCUGAAAGAUAAAGGAACGUGAGUGAUUGAAGAUAGGUUUUCCCCGGGCAGAUGAGUGAACUCAGAAUGUGUGCAAAUUUUACUCUUGUAGGAGAUUUUUUUAAGAAGUCAGUACGCACCCCCAACACUGGAAAGACUUGAUUCUCCAGGGUGACAAGCAAUUCAGAAGCAUGUGGCUUCGGCCCUUGAUUUCACUAGACUCAAAGGUGGCCCCGGCAGCCUCUGUGGAGGAGGAUGAAAGGUGGAGAAAACGAAGGGCUUGUACUCACCUACAAGACUCUAUGUAGACUUAUAUAGGCAUAUAAAUCUAUUUUCUUUACUUUCCCCCCCCCCUUUCCCUUUCUUUCGAAGUUUUGCAUUACCUCCUUAAAGUAGUUUUUAGGGCACUGAAGAUCUUCCUCAUUCUGGGAAAAUCCAUAUUUCACGAAUACAACCCAGAACGCCAGCUUGGCCUGCGUCCAGGCAGCCUUUCUCGUGAGCUACAGGCGUAGCUCUUUUGUGGGGCACCGAUUCGGAUCUUCUCAUGAUUCCAAACGUGCCUUGAAAUGAAUCCACCAAGCCAGGUAGCUGCCAGCACCCAAGGGUGCAUCAACUGCGUAGCCCAGGUCACCCCAGAAAGUAACUCUCUCUCACACCACAUCAACCCGCCAGAUCCAUUUGUAACCCACUGGCCUGCCCAGACCUUUUUGUCCAUCUGCAUUUUUUUUUUUUUUGAAAGCCUCCCUCAGAUGCCAGGCUGACAGAUCAGGGAGAUACUAACAUGAGAGAUGACAGAGGAGGAGGAAGUGGAGGGUGGGGGCACAGCCUUCCACAGAGAGACAUAGAAGAUGGAGCAGAGGUAGUGGUGGAGGACAAGAAAGAGACAGAAAGAGGGAAAUACCAAUAGAAUUUUCCUUGGUGUCUCCCAGCUAAUCAACUCUCUGAGAUUUGAGAGGGAAAAGGAGGUGGGGGAGGGGAGGAACUCGAGGUAGAAAUGAGCUCAGUUCCAGUCACAGGACCCAGAUGGUAACUGAGGCAGGAUCCAGACUUGAGACACACGGUUGGAAACAAGGCCUGACUGGGUAUUGAAGGGUGAAGAGGAUGCCUUGGAAAGACAGCACAACUUCAGUUCAACUUCAGGCCCCCAAGGAGGGACUGAGGCCAAAGAAUCCUUCAAGUGCUUCAUGGGUCGCCUCUGCCCAACACAAGCAUCCUCCCGGGAAUAGAGGAUGGUAGACAGCCCAGGACAGCUCAGGCCCAGAUCUUCAGGGCUGUUGUCAUUUGCCAGCCUGAUUUUGGUCCAGGAGAAGUGUCUCUCAUUGCCCACUGGGCUUCUUCCACAAAGGGGUGAUUAACAAAGGGCUCAGGACUGUCUUUGAAGACUGAAGAUAGCCUUCCAGGAGAGGGGGCUCGGACAUUGGUACAGGAGGCCCCCUUUGGCUAUGGACACAGCUCUUUGCUCUCUCUUGAUGACAUGGCCUAGGAGAAGCCCCCUCCAACACGGAAUGUGGAGCAACACAAAGGGAGAGCAAAGAAACAGACGUGCGUCUACUCAUGGGACAAUGGGUGGCUGUGGGCACAGAAGCGGAUGCCUCCUGCUGCCUGGACAGGACAGUUGGCUGGGGAGGGAAGAGAAACUUGAUCUUCAUAAGACAAAGGGCCUGAUGGGAUGGCAAUAGAAGGACUUACCAGACCUGCAGGGUCAGUAUACCCAUCACCCCCGCACAACGCCUCCAGCCCCAAUUCGGACAUCAAUAUAUCUUAGGCCAGUACCCUAAACCUAAGUCUCUCCUUUCUGACAUUAUUUCCUCUGCAUCUUGAGCAGUCAUCUGACUGAGAUUUGCCAAGUGGAUACCGGGGUACCGUUAUCCCCCCCCAAGAAAAGACUGAGCCAGGAACUGCCUACUCGCUCCCCCUCCCAAGCCUGGAGCAAACUCCUGUGAGGGGUGUCUCUUCACCCCACAACUGACUGAACCUUGAGUGAGCCUCUGCCCCUCUCAUGGGCUCUUCGUUGUGAGGCACGGAUGGAGGAUAUUGUGUAGACAGUUAGCCUUCCCCAGGUCAGCCUACCUCCCCCAAACUAGUGAGUCUCCCCACUGCUCACAUGGAGAGGCAUGUCUAAGACGGCAAGUCUUCUCCUAGAGGAAGCUUGCCUUUCACAGACAGAUGGAACCAAACCUUCCAAAUGGGAGACCUGGCUGAACCCAGGAUACAGACACUAUGGACAUGGGGGUCAUCAAGAGGAGAGGGAUGCCCUUCUCCAUGUUAGGGGGAGAGAAGGCAGGUUGGCAACAGACCCAUCAUGCCCUGAGCAAGAAGCUCUUGGUUCCAGGCUAGCCGUUAGCUCCAUUAGAGGCCUCUCCGUUGGCUUUAUCCACAGCCGUAGGCCUAAGUAUUGGCCUAUCCCCCACUCCACGAUCCCGUGGAAGGCUUCUUCCUACCCCUUUUUGACAAAUGCCUCUACUGCCAGGUCACAAAGAGGCCUAACCAGGACCUAUUCUCCACCCCAGCCAGUCUUGACCAGCCAGAACAAAGCAGGGAGCCUGGAGAAUAAAAGACUCCAUGUUCCUCUGACGGCCAGGCCUAAACAGAUAAGGCCUGGGAACAUCCGCCCCACAGGAUACUGAGGAGGCCAGCUGUGCUCACUCCUCUCCUCCUUCCAAGACCCUCUUCCCACCAUGACUUAUCUCCAUGGUAACAUCCUCACCCAUCCUUCUUCCGUGACCAAGGGUUGCCAUGGCAACCUCCAAACCACCUGCCGGUCCCAGGCAGGGCAGCUGUCCUUCUGCUCAGAACCCUAGAGGACUCUAGGUGAAAUUUUACAGCUAAAGAGAGGAGUGAGCCGAGGAGAAGAGACCCGGUAGCCCUCUGGCUUUCAAGAGAAAAAAGGCCAGGAUUUAAAACACAGUAGAAGGGAAAGGGGUCUCAGCCUCCCCCGGGGAGCUUAGGGGUUGCACUGUCUUGAUUUUUAAACCACUAAAGUGCAGUGUUUCCUGCACUGUUGUUGCUCCACCUCUCUUCCCUGUUAGGUUUGCAUUUCUUUGAGCAGACUUUCUUGGUUUUUUAACGGAGUAUAGACUUUCACCACUUCACAGACUCUGGCUUCCUCUCCAAGUCUUUCUGGAUGGGGAAAAAGGAAGGUAAAGGGUCAGAGGGGAAGGGGUCCCUCGUCACCCCGCAUCCAUUCACCCCACUUCUCUGGUCCCUGGUCACCGGCCUCAGCCCCCAUCUCCGACCCCAUCACUGUCACACAGUAGCCUGUCACAUGGAUAGCACAGUUCAGACAAGACUCCUUCAGAUUCCGAGACGCCUACCGGUUGUUUUUGGUUUUGGUUUUGUUUUCUUUGUUUUUUUUACAACAGCAAUAACCACAGCACAUAUUACUGUAGCUCUUUGUAGUGUUACAUUCAGACACCGUAGCUCUGUCCUCUCUUUUUUUUGUUGUUGUUUUUGACUUUAAAAAAAAAAAAUGCUUAUACUUUUUACUGGUGAAACAGAUUGAAAAAAAAAUUGAACAACAAACCAGUUUGUGAAAAAAAAAAUGGGAAAAAAAAUCACCCCGAUGUGGAAGAGCUUGGCUCCUCUUUAGCAUUUUGUACUUAAGGAAAUAAAAAAGAAAAAUCUGGAAGAUCUCACAUUUUAUUACAAAGUGAA